UAGUUUCCGCUGUAUAGCAAAGUGAUUCAGUUAUACAUGUACAUACAUUCUUUCUGGUAUUCUUUUCGAUUAGGUUUAUUACAGGAUAUUGACUAUAGUCCCCUGUAUACAGGAGGACCAUGCUGUCGAUCCAUCCUCUAUAUAUAAUACUUUGCAUCGGCUAAUGCAUCCCUCAGUCCAUCCCUCCCCCACCCCUUGCCCUUGCACACGGCCUGCUUUCUUGCUCCAGGGUUAAAAUGCUGCUCGUCACCAGCACCAGUGGUUUGGACCCGGACAUGCCCACAUGGCCCCCGCUGAUGUGAGGCUUCUGAACCCAUGGGCUGCAUGUGACCAAGCAGCUCAAUUAUUGAUGGAAUAACCCAACAUUUCCCUUUGGGGAACUGGUCAUUGUUGCUGCUAGGUAGGAAGGCGGUGAUCAGUGUCACAUUACACUUCAAAGGUGACACAGUUUCAAAGAGGGCAAGUGAUAUUUGGAGUCAUAUUAUGGGAAAGUACUGGAUUCUUCGAGGGUGGGAAAAAUGUUGGUGUGAUGAGGACGGUUUCGAGUCUUCUAGGCGAGUGAUGCUUUCUCUGAGCUGUGCCCUGGUGGAGUCUGGGUUGAAACGCGCGGAGAACAUGUGGGUCGUGGAAACCACAGAGCACGUUUGGCCACUGUCCUUGGGGCCCUGGUCUGAGCGGGCUUCUGGGUUCUUUCCUAGGCACCCAGUGGCCACGUUUUUCCACCUGUUUUUUCGCGUGAGUGCCAUCAUCACCUACGUGGGCUGUGACUGGUUCAGCAAGAGCUUCGUGGGCUGUUUCGUCACCGUGCUUCUCCUCCUGUCCUUUGACUUCUGGUCUGUGAAGAAUGUAACCGGACGACUCAUGGUGGGCCUUCGCUGGUGGAACCAGAUUGAUGAAGAUGGGAAAAGCCACUGGAUUUUUGAAGCCAGAAAGGUCUCUCCAGACACGGUGGCUGCCACGGAGGCGGAAGCGCGGGUCUUCUGGCUCGGCCUCAUUGUCUGUCCCAUGAUUUGGAUCGUGUUCUUUUUUAGCUCCUUAUUUUCCUUGAAGCUCAAGUGGCUGGCCCUGGUGAUAGCUGGGAUCUCUCUCCAAGCCGCCAACCUGUAUGGCUACGUCCUGUGUAAGAUGGGAGGCGAGAGUGACAUCAGCAAAGUCACAGCCAGUUUUCUGUCCCAGACGGUGUUCCAGACGGUGAGUUACUCAAGUCUGACUCCUGGACCCUUGAUCUCCAGACACUUGAAAGUCCAGGAGGCCUGCUGGCUGUGGCAGUUUAUGUUUUUCUGUAUCAGCCAGGCUGCCAGUGUUAGCUGGGGUUUUGUGUUCGUGGUUAAAAUACGCACAACAAAAUUUACCCUUUUAGCCAUUUUUAAGUGUACAGUUCAGUAUACCCACAUCAUCAUGCCACCACAACUCUUUCACCCAAGCAAACUCUGUACCCACUAAACAUUUAACUCAUUCUCCACCCUCCCCAACCCCAGUAAACUCCGGGCAACCACUUACUUUCUACCCACAUGAAUCUGACUAAUCUAGGGACCUCACGUAAGUGGAAUCACACAGCGCUUGUCAUUUUGUGAUUGCCAUUGUUGGUUUUGAG